UGCUCACCUUCUUCCAAAGCAGACCUCCUUGUCACCUUGAGCUUUCCCUUUCUAAAGCAGUCAUGUCUGUGACAGAACGUGCUGGGGGUCCCCAGGGAACCGUGGCCCUCAAACUGGACAGUAUGUCAUCUCCUGAAAGUGCCAGGAAGCUGCAGAACAAGGACUCCGGGUUUUUGGAUGGAAGUCCUUCAGAGUCGCAAGACUUGGAGAAGACCAAGGGCAUAACGUUGUUCCAGACCUUGAUUCACCUGUUGAAAGGCAACAUGGGCACAGGGGUCCUGGGACUACCUCUGGCUGUGAAGAACGCGGGCAUCCUGGUGGGCCCACUCAGUCUGCUGGUGAUGGGCUUCGUCGCCUGCCACUGCAUGCACAUCCUGGUCAGGUGUGCCCAGCGCUUCUGCCAAAGGUUUAACAAGCCCUUUAUGGACUACGGGGACACGGUGAUGCACGGACUGGAAGCCACCCCCAGCUCCUGGCUGCAGAACCAUGCCCACUGGGGAAGGCACAUUGUGAGCUUCUUCCUUAUCGUCACCCAGCUGGGCUUCUGCUGUGUGUACGUUGUGUUUCUGGCUGAUAAUUUAAAACAGGUAGUGGAAGUCAUCAAUAGCACCACCACCAACUGCUACAACAACGAGACGGUGACUCCAGCCCCCACCAUGGACUCACGCCUCUACAUGCUCUCCUUCCUGCCCUUCCUGGUGCUGCUGGUCUUCAUCCGCAACCUCAGGGUCAUGACCAUCUUCUCCAUGCUGGCCAACAUCAGCAUGCUGGUCAGCCUGGUCAUCAUCGCCCAGUACAUCGCCCAGGGUAUUCCAGACCCUAGCCGGUUGCCGUUGGCAGCGAGCUGGAAGACCUACCCUCUCUUCUUUGGAACAGCCAUUUUUUCAUUUGAAAGCAUUGGUGUGGUUCUGCCCCUGGAAAACAAGAUGGAGGAUUCCCGCCACUUCCCAGCCAUCCUGUCCUUGGGAAUGUCCAUCAUCACUAUCCUGUACACUAGCAUUGGGACUCUGGGCUACCUGCGGUUUGAAGAGGACAUCAAGGCCAGCAUUACCCUUAACCUGCCCAACUGCUGGCUGUACCUGUCCGUCAAGCUCCUCUACAUCAUCGGCAUCCUGUGCACCUACGCCCUGCAGUUUUACGUCCCUGCAGAGAUCAUCAUCCCCUUCGCCGUCUCCCAGGUGCCAAAGCGCUGGGCACUACCUCUGGACCUGUUCAUCCGCUUCGCCCUGGUCUGCCUGACGUGCAUCUUGGCCAUCCUCAUCCCCCGCCUGGACCUGGUCCUAUCCCUGGUGGGCUCCGUGAGUAGCAGUGCCCUGGCCCUCAUCAUCCCACCCCUCCUGGAGAUCACCACCUACUACUCAGAGGGCAUAAGCCUCCUCACCAUCACCAAGGAUGCCCUGAUCAGCAUCCUGGGCUUUGUGGGAUUUGUGGCAGGGACCUACCAGGCUCUCCAUGAGCUGCUUGAGCCAGGAGACUCUCUCCCCUUUUCCAACUCCACCACUUUUAUUCAGUGAGCAUGACACCGCUUCUUGACCACCAACACCUGACUUUUAACAAUACGGAUGUCUUU